AUGACGCUCCCCUGGAUGCCAUCAUACAGACGGCCCACCGGGGCGUACGAACUCCUCCCCGCCCCGCGUCCUCAUGCAAAAACGUCGUCGUGCCGGCGGUCAUGCCACAUUCCGCGCUGGGCAAAGAUCGCUGCGGUCGUUUUCCUGCUCAUAGCCGUAUUUCUGAUCAGGCGAAAAUGGGUCCGUGGGCUGAUACUGCCGUGGAGCGACGAGGGCAUGCCGCCGCUGUACUCGGAGUAUCAUGCGCACGAACUCGGCCUACCGCAACACCGACUCGAUAGCGACGUCCAGCCUGCUGGCGCAAACACCAAGUACUUGUGGGUCGCAAAUCACGUUUGGAGGUCUGGAUGGGGGAACGCAAUGCAAGAACAGUUAUUGAACCAUUACAUAGCCUACCGCGCUGGUCGCUCCUUCGUCUUCGGCAACUAUACCUGGUGGAGGCACGGCCUAUAUUCGUCCUGGAACGGCAAGCCAAUCCCCGCGCAAAUCCCCUACAGCGCGCUGAUCCAAGGUCCCACUGUGGGUGCGCCGAUGCGCACGGAUCCCACGGCGCCGCUUGCGGUUGUGAAAGAGUUCUGGGACGAGGUCUGCCCGCAUCCUGUGGUGGUCCGGAGCACAGACGUCGUCAAAAUGCUCGGCGGCAGGACUACCACCGCGGAACUGUUGAUCGACAAGUGGGUAGAGAUGCUCAACUCCAUCGAGAGCCCGUGCGUGGAGGUCAAGCGCAGUUCGCCGUCAACAUUCGACAUAUACGUCUUCGGUGACCCUGACCGGCUGCUCGAUGCCUGGCCCGGAUUCUCCACAUCACCCAUCCUGACCGAGUUUGGCUGGGCUCCCCUCGUCGAGCGCGCCUUCGAUGCAAAUCGCGAGACCAUCUCUCCUUUUAUCACCGGUGAACCAUAUCUUUCACUGACGCCCUUCACCGGGACAGGCGCCGAGCGCUACACGACCAUCCGCGGCCUGCUCGCGCUACACGUGCGCCGCGGAGACUUUGAAGAGCACUGCCGGAAUCUUGCCGACUGGGACGCGGGAUACACGGGGUACAACGCCUUCCCUGCGCUACCAGACAAGUUCGUCAAGCCGCGCGGCGUCUCACGGGACGAGAAGCGCGAGUUCUACAGGGAGCACUGCUAUCCGAGCGUCGAGGAGAUCGUGCGGCGUGCCGAGGAGGUGCGCAGGACGCAGGCGGGGCGGGGGCUGCGGAGCGUGUAUGUGAUGACGAACGCGCCGGCGUCGUGGGUGGAGGAGCUGAAGGCGGCGUUGCACGCGACGAGGCAUUGGACGCAUGUUGCGAGCAGCAGGGAUUUGGUGCUGAGCGAGGAGCAGAAACAUGUCGCGCAGGCGGUGGAUAUGCUCGUGGGCGAGCGGGCGCAGGUGGUCGUAGGCAACGGGUUCUCCAGCCUGACCGGACAGAUCACCAUGCUGCGGAUGGCGAAUGGCGUUUCGCCCGACACGAACCGACAUUGGCGACCUGCCGAGUACGUGGACUCGGAGCAGCCUUCAGGUCCUUGGGAACGCGGUGGGUCGUAG